CCAGUGUGAAGGUGGGAAUUUUCUGCUUUUUGAAUUAGUAAAAUAUAGAGUAUUCCGACAGAUCUGAUAAUAUAUCGUGGCAUCAGUUACUAUACAAGUUGCACUGACCAAGAGGUCACACAUUGAAUAUUGAGGAAGGGUCGCGAUGUAAGAACUGUGGAUUGAUCAUGCCGGCGUACCACCUAGUCUGGCUGACACUCGAGAUCUUUGUUUUUGUGAUAUCUGGGCAGGAGGAUGUACAAACAACUGCUUGUGUGGGACGUUGUGACUUUGGCUACAGAAUGGACUGUCCCCGAGGACAUAGGGUAGCUCCUCGAGAUUUGACGUACUAUGCUAAACAGACCACAGCCCAGUGCCCUGACUCUGACAACCCGAGCCUGAUGUGCCAGACCAGUGAGCAGUGUUGUAGUUACUAUGGGGGUGACUGCAGUCUGCCCUUCUCUUAUCAGAAAGCAUUCCAGGUGUUUAACAACUGUUCAGGAUACCAGAACUGUGGCUGGUUCCGUGCAGAGUCUGUACAGAUUGGGUCACGCUGCAGCUAUAGAGACAAAACAAAUUACAUCGCUGCCUCCUACAGCUGUAUUAAAGAGGAGACUUUUAUUGAUAUCUGCUCUGAGGCAUCAAGACGGGGCAAGUCCGUCUCGCUCCUAUACAACGGCUCCCGUUAUGCCAAUGCUACGGGGGAUCCACGUGUCUGUUCCUGUGCUAUUUCAACAUCUGACUGUGAUUCUCCGGGCAGGCUGAAGUUUCGUGCUGUAGAUGUCAGACUUCAUUCUCACAAUGAUAUCAAUCACUGUAAUCGUCACAGUCGUGUGACCUUGACUGAUACCAAAACAUCAGAGGGUUACAGGUGUCAGAACAACUACUUCCAGAAGGGCUUCUAUGAUCUUUUCUACAGCGCCUCCCCCUAUGCUAGGGUAUCACUGUACAAUCAACCAGGAGUAUACCCCUCCCAAGUCUGGUUGGAGGUUUCAGCCACAGUGCGUAAUAUAGAUGUGAUUGUAACAUGUGGGAGCAACCAGCCUGAGAAUUUAGUAUUCUGCGGACCCCCAUCACUUCUCACCACACCAGCAUUUGAACAAAAGACAACGACCAAAACACCAGGGGAUAUAUUUGGUCCUUCUGGUAAUGAAGGAGAAGUGCCAUCUGGUGGAGAAAAUGAACCCAGAGAAAAGGAGGAUGCAACUCUCAAUAAGAAGGACCUUGGCCUCAUUGUUGGUGCUGUGGCUGGUCUCUUGGUCAUCAUACUUAUCAUCGUUAUUAUCAUCAUCUGUAUUAAACACAGGAGAGAAAAGCUGCGUAAGAAGCCACCAAUGUUGCCACACCCUGUCCCUCUGUCCACACCAAGCUCAGUCAUUCCAUCUUCAUUCCCUUCAUCAGACACUGAGGAACGCUACACAGAAGAGCAGUUUGGUGAUGAUAAAUAUGGAAAUUACUAUGAGAGCAUGGCUCAGCCUAACGGCAGUAUGGAUAAUAAAUCUCCAUUCACUCCAGGAAAAGCCAUGGGGUCGUUCUUCCCCAAUGAUCGUCCUAGAGUACCUCCCCCAGCCCCUCCUAGUAUUCCUGCCACCCCACCAGUGGGGAAAUCUCAAGCCAUACAAAUCAGAAAAUCACCGGAGAACAAAUUGGAUGCUAACCCUUACCAUACUCCUUGGGACGGUUCUGUAUUCCAGGCUCCAAGCAACAGAGUGAAGAAGAAUGAUCUGGCUUAUGCCACCAGUGAUGAGAUUCAGGUGUUGAUUCAGAGAAUGGAGAACGAGCGUGGACAUGUAGCAGAGGGACUCAAUAUUGCUAAACCUAUUCCACAGAAAGGAUAUAUUUACAUUGAUGAUUAUCAGAAAGGUCAAGGGGAAAGUUCAAAGGCCACAAAUACAGACUUGUAUGUCUAUCAGAGUGAUUCAGAUGAUUCAGAAUCAGAGAGCGAGAACAAACAGGUGAAUGGGGACCAAUCUGAUGAGGCCUCCAAUCGGCCAUCACAGGGGGAGCAGGGAGUAAGUGAGGGAACCCCCAGAUCUAAUGACAAUUUCUGUGGGAGUGAGGACACUGGGUACCGCUCUGUGGGGAGCCCUGAACAUGUGUUAGUGUCGGAGGAUGAUUAUCUUGUGCCUGGGUCCGUGAAGUCAAACUCCAGUAAGGGGACUUCCUCGUCCACAGUAAAGGUUAGUGAGAGGGGGAGUGUGAUCUAUAAUUCAUCGUACGGAGAACCAUAUGAUGCCAGACGGAGCGAGGCUGGGAGUAAUUCAUAUGGAGAUCCAUAUGACGCAGUGCAGAAAAAGGAGACUGUUGAUGUUAAGACUAAAUUCUAAAACUUUGUCUGCAUUUAUUUAGCAGCUUGCCUGAGAAUUAACAUACAUUGGUAGUGUAAAUAUUAAGAGGAGUUUUGAAACCUGUGUAAAUGUCAGAUAUAAAGAACAUGUGAAUAUUUUCAGUUAAUGUGAUUUACAAUUAUGAAAGGUGGUUUAUUAGUGUAAAGUAGAGAAAAAGACCAAGUUGCAUAAUGUAACAGUUGUAUUUACACUACACACACUAGACUUUUACCUGCGAACUGCCAGUUUCCUGGAUUGUCCCUGCCUUGUCUCGAUGUUGUGAUUGGUUGUCGUUAGUCCCUUAGUGUCCAUUGUGCCAUAUACUGCGUGGUGCCGAGUGGGGCACCUGCCACCCCACCCCACCUUGUGGUGCUGUUAAUGUUACAGACUGUAUCUCAUUAAGUUGGCAAAGGACACUGGAUGUAUAAGUCAUAGUAUUCUUACUAGUCAUAUUGGAUUAACAUGUUAACUGGGGCCUAUUGUAGCUUAAAACGAAAGUGAGAGUUACGUAAAUUUACCUCCCAAAAAGAAAGAGUGUUUUGUGCAUCUACUCCGUUGUAGUGUUGAGAGUAUGGUUGUGUCACAUUAUCUUACUAUGCCAGAUCUUAAUGAGCUGGUCAGGUUGUCAUGAAAAAGAAAAGCUUUUUCCCCCUACCAAAGAAGAUGAGUGGGAUUCAUAAAGAGUUUGGGCUUUCAAGGUCAAUGUAUUUUCUAAAUAACAUAGUCUGUAGUUAGAUUUUGUGUUCAUUUGUUUCUUUUACACAUAAUAUUGUAACAUGUUUAACAUAUAAUUUUGUGAAUUUUAUACAUCAGUAUUAAUCUGAUAUAAAAAGGUUGUAAACAAGAUAAUAUUGUAAACAUAUUACAAAGAUUUCAUAUAUUUGGUCAUGUAUAAGAUAUUUGUUGUGUUACAUUGUUUCCAUCAUUUAGACAAGAUUUCUUGAGGAAAUAAUUCUAUUUUAAUUUAUUUUUAUUUUUGUGGUUGUGAAAUAUUAUUUACUAAUAAAAACUUAAGAGAUACAGGGAUACUUGAAUGAUAUACUUCUUUUACAUUUUGACAAAUCAUAUUUACAUAACAAUGUUUAUGUUAACUCUUUAGCUUUAGAAGGAAGUAUUUGUAUGUUCAUUGUUGUCUAUAGUUUGAAGUACUAGGAUAGGAUCUGAAUUUUAUAAGAGAUUUGAGUUCUCUCUCUUUCUCUCUCUCUCGACUUACUUAGCAGACAGACAGUCAUAUCAGAGUCAGUUGUAGGACAAGGUUGUGAUUUUUAAAUGAGGCAUUUAAUGUUGUUAGCUUCAUUCCCUUUUUAGUAUUUUUAACAAGGUUUUUCAUCUUGAUUCCUUCUCCAAUAAAAAUGUUGCAAAGAGUUUCCAUUAGUUAAUCAUUGAAUUACUUCAUUGGGCCGAUUAAACAUUCCAGGUUUUUUUUAAUUUUCAAAAAGCAGUUUUCCCUUCACUUUUAGGAUUUAUCUCCCCCUGGUGCUUCCCUUGUGAUACUAUCAUACAAUCAUCUACAAACAAGUGGACAUUUCUUGGAUAGUGUGCUGUCAGCCUCAUGUGCUAAAAUUAUACUUUGAACUCGGUGUUCUUUGCUCAAAGCAUAAAGUAGAAGGGAGAAUGCUUUUCUGUAUCAGUAUGUUUAAAUUGUUGUAUAAAAAAAGAGAGAGAAAAAGAAAAAUAGGAUUUCACCAAAUCUGAUUCAUAUAGCUUAUUUCUUUCAUUUUAAAAACCUGUGACCGAAUGUUUUAUUUAAUCUAUGCAUUUGGAACCUUUUAUUUAAGAAACAUGGUAAUAUAUCUAACUAAAUUUGAUUUAAUUUUUUUUAUGAAAAAGAACUAAUGCUAUUUAUAUUUACUCUAUAUAACCAUAUAAAAGAAGUUUUAAAAGUUGUUAUAUGUGUUUUGUCUUUUAGAAAUUUGUAUAUAGUAUCAAUCUAAAUAUUAAUUAUAAUAUUAAAUGUAAUAAAUUUUAUAUUAGAUUUUUCUUUAAUGUAUUAAAAUACUUGUUGUGAAGUAUGAGAUGAAUAUUGAAGGAUGUUUAUUAUAAUCUUAUAGCUGAGUCAGAUGAACGUUUUAUGGUAAAUCAGAGUCAGCCUGACACUUGUGUUGACAGGCCAUGUUUUCACAAUUUUUCUGUUGUGGUUGUAAAGUAUAUUGUAUUGUUGCCAAAUUAUUUAUUUUUGUCAUAUAAUCUAGAAACAUGAUUCAUUCCAAAAUAUUGCAAAUUUAUUUUAACAUUCCACAGAAUUCUUCAUUUGUAGGAAUACAUGUAAUAAUUUUCAUGACCAUAGAAAGAUGCAUGUUGCCCCACUUUUUUUUUAUUAACAAGAUUUUAAAGGUGAAGAGAAGCAUACUUUUCUUUUUGGUACAAGAUUGUACAUUCAGCCUGGAAAGACCAUGGAGAUGUUUAAGUGAUAAUAAUUAUAAUGUUAAGCUUCACUGCAUGAUUGGAUUACAUUUAGUUUAUAGGAUACUUUUUUCCUCAAAAUAUUGAUCAAGAAUUUGAUCAUGAUUCAUUUACAGUAGCAACAAAAGUUGUGGUCAUAUUUUCAUAAAUUUUUGCCACCUAUAAAUAAAAUAUGCGAUUAUGCCUUAAA